UGUUCUGUGAGGUGUCAACAUGGCUGGAAUGCGGUUUCAGUAUGACGAGUCUGGCUCAACGUUUUUCUACUUUUUAACCAGCUUUCUGGGCCUGGUGCUCCUCCCCUGCACGUUUUACUUCUGGCCUGAUGGCGCCAAGGAAGAGGAGAGAGACAACUGUGAAGUGUUCCAGAGAAAACAGGCAAGACUCAAGAAACCGGAGAAAUGGAAAGGUCUCCGCAAAACCACACAACGAAUACUCAUCAUCAUUGGUUGGGUGCUGAUGGCCAUUCUGGUGUACAAGCUGCAGCAGUUUGACUAUGAAUACGCCAACUUUGACCCUUAUGACAUCCUAGGGGUCAGCAUGAGUUCCUCCUUAGUGGACAUCAAGAAGGCAUACCGUAAGCAGUCCCUCAUAUACCAUCCUGACAAGCCAACAGGAGAUGAACGCAAGUUUAUGAGGCUGAACAAAGCAUAUCGAGCUCUGACUGACGAGGAUGCCAAGAGGAACUUUGAUCGCUAUGGCAAUCCUGAUGGUCCGGGGGCAAUGCACUUUGGUAUAGCACUUCCCUCUUGGAUUGUGGAGAAGGAGAAUUCUCUGUGGGUGCUUGGCCUCUACGGACUUGUCUUCAUGAUUGCACUGCCCACUGUGGUUGCCAUCUGGUGGUACCGUUCCUCAAAGUUCUCCAAUGAUCAGGUGCUUCUGGACACAACACAGCUGUACUACUACUUCUUCCACAAGACCCCUCACAUGGUGUUCAAACGUGCCCUCAUGGUGCUAGCUGCCUCCUUGGAGUUUGAGAAGGGACACAACCCGGAGAUUGUGGAAAGACCAACAGACAAUAUAGAACUGCCACAGCUUAUCAAACAACUGCCCAACCUCGGGGAGAAGAACAAGGAGCGGCCGCUGUGCUUUGCUUAUUCCAUGAAGGCGCGCUCCCUCCUACAUGCUCACCUGUCCCGAAUGAGGCUCCCAGCUGAAACUCUCGACCAGGACCGCCUCUACAUUGUCAAGUGCUGCCCCAUACUGAUCCAGGAGAUGGUGACGUGUGUGGCUCAGCUGAUCAUGUUGGCACACGCUGGCCGCAUCUCCCGCCUCCCGUCGCUUGACACCAUUGAGGCCUGCAUGAAGUUGUCCCCUCACAUUGUGCAGGCACUCUGGGACUCCAAGAACCCACUCCUGCAGCUGCCACAUGUCACCGAGGACUCCCUCAGGCAUUUUGUCAGCAAGCGCCGGCCAGUGAAGACCAUAGAGCAGCUCAUUGCUCUGCCGGCCACUGAGCGGCGCCACGUGCUGCGCUCCCUGUCUGAGGAGGAGUUCAAUGAGGUGAUGAUUGUGUGCCGUAGGAUGCCCAAGAUUGAUAUGGAGGUCAACUAUGAAGUGGUGGAUGAUGAUGACAGUGGAGUGUUCACUGCCGGUGCCAUUGUCACCGUCACCGUCAAUCUGCGCCGACAAACCAUGGGGGAGGUGUACGAGCACAGCCUGCAGGAGGGGGAGCCCACUAAGGUGGAGGGAGGGCAGGAGAAGGAGGAGGAGCCAGCUGCUACCACUGUGGCCAAGAAGUCUGGAUGGAAGCCAAAGACACAACCAAAGAAAGGAGGGAAGUCUAAGGCUAAAGCUCAGCCACAGAAGAAGAAGCAGCAACAGCAACAGCAGCAGCAGCAGCAACAGCAGCAUUCCAACAAGAAGGAAGAAGAAGGUCAAGAGAAGAGUAAGAAACACAAAAUUGCAGGUGGGGGCCAGCAAGUGGAGCGAGUGGAGGCUGUGGUGGAAGAGAAGGGAGAGCAGGUGACGGAUGAUGAUGAGUCUGCCUCACAUUCGGAUGAGUCGCAGGCGGAGGAAGCCGACACAGAGUCCCACAAGGAUGAGAAGCAGGCGACUGCGCUGGAUGAUGACGCAGAGUGGGAGAGAUUCCAGAAGGGCCUGACCAAGAGGGAGAAGGCUCUGGAGGGGAAGUCAAAGAUGUCCCACACUGUACACUGCCCCUUCUUCCCUGAGGACAAGCAGGAGUACUGGUGGACCUAUGUGUGUGAUAGGAAAAAGCACAUGCUGGUUACUGCUCCAUAUCAGAUCACCAACCUCGUAGACCAAGAAGAGGUUCAGCUCAAGUUCACAGCACCACCACGGCCAGGCAUAUACUCCUACCAGGUCUGCCUUCGGUCUGACUCUUACCUAGGCUUAGACCAAACCCAGGAUAUUAAGCUGGAUGUCAAGGAGGCAAGGGAGAUCCCCACUGAACACCCGCAGUGGGAGACUUCCAGUGACGAGGAGGAAGAGGAUGAGAAUGAGGUGGCCAGAGAUGAGGGUGAUGAUUCCGAGUACACUACUGAUGAUGAGGUGACGGAUGACAGUGGAGAAGAAUGAGCAGGAACAGUAGAAGAUGGAGGAGGAGGUUAAAGGUAGGGGGAGAAGGAGGAAGAGGGGUUUUGGGAGUGUGAUCAUUGGAUUUAUACUAAAGAUGAGUGUAUGGUUGAUGAGCAUAUGGAAGUAAAAAGAAGGAGGGAUUGGAAAGAGAGGAGGUAGAUGCAUGGAGAUAACACACAGGAGCUAGAAGAGUUACAAGAAAUGUAUAGUUAUGGAAAGAAACGAAGGAAGGAAAAAUGAGAGAGAUUAUAUAGAUAUAUAUAGUAAAUGGGAGAAGGAAAAUUGAGAGCCAAAGUAAAAGUAUAUUCACAUCAUGUCAUUCCACACACCUAUCUAAUGCACACCGCACUGUUCAUGUUCUGCCAGGAUGUGAUGCUCAGGUGCCCACAGUAAGUCAGGACUUUGGGGCGUGCAGUGGCAGUAACUCGUGGCCAGUUUAUGUGGUGUCUAGAUGUGAUGUGAACUGAUGACGUGGCACAUUAGAGGCUGUUUUAGGCUAUUAGGAGGACCAGACAGGAGGCCUAGUGUAUAUUUAGGCCUUCCAUCUUCAUCCUCAUGGCUUGGUGUGUCGAGUUAGUCUGCGCCCAUAUGAGAGACAUAGAGAGAGAGGUGGACCGGCCAAUCAAAACUUGUCAGAUGGUGUCGUGGAUUAAAUUCGCUCAAAGGAAUGGAGUGAGAUGUUUUUAUUCCAGUAGUGUGUUGCUGCUGACUGUCUGGACGGUUGUUUUUAAGUUAAUUUAUAUAUGGGAGAAGGGAUGGAAAGGUGCAUGAAGACUUGGGAGAUGGGCUGAAGAUUAAUUUAAGAUAUUGGAAUACAGAUACAUCGUACUAUAAGGGAUUAGGCGAAGGGUUAUGUAAAAACUAAACUUUUAUUAAGGUGUAUAAAAUAUUUAUUGGAUUAUGUGAAGUGAAACCUUUCCUGAGAAGUGAGAAAAUUCGUGAAAAGUUCCAUAAAAGAAAAGUUUUUGGUGUAUUAUUAAAAGACUAAGCUUUCCAUUACUGUGUAUAAGAUUCCUAUUUAUUGGAAGAAGAGACUUGGAGACUUUUCCUAGAAAUAUGAAGAAAGAAUCCAUGUGAAGUUUUGUAUUUUCAAGUAACCUGGAAAAAAUGGUUUAACAAAUGAAAAGGUGUAUAAGACAGAGUGAUCUGCUUACCAUACAGAGAAGAGUGGAGUGAACAAAAUAGAAAACAACAAAAACAACUCUAAAAGGUUUCUUUACAUACAGGAAUGAAACUGAAUUUGAGAAGAUGAAAGAAGAGAGGAAGAAAAAAACCUUCAUUCCAUUGUCAUCUUAGAACACCAGAUUGCAACAGAAGGGCAUGCAUAAAGUUACUACUUAAAAAUAACUGUUAGUCUGUUUUUUCCAGUGAUCCAUCUUCCUGGGUGUGUAGUGAUGUAGGUGCGUUGGUGUGUGCUCCUGAGGGUGAAUGGGGUGCGUGAGUGAGUGUGCUGUGUGCCGAGUGUGAUGUUGGCUGGUCUCCACAGCAGUGAUGUCUACCCUUUUUGGAAAUGUGAAAAAAAAAGUAUUCACCAUUUUUUCGGCAUUAAAAAGAAUAACAAUCUCUUUUUAGGGGGUUAGUAGUGUGUGUGUAUGUGUGUGUGUCUCUCAAGUGUCUUCAUCAUGUGUCAUUCUCGAGAUGAAUUGCAACUCUGUGCUUCUGCAGACUUGGAAAUUGAUGCACCUUAUGUUGUUGCUGCUUUUUUAUCACUUGUUUAGCUUCCCAAUACACAAUAUUGAUGAUAAUGAUGAUGACGAUAAUGAUGACAGGAAUUAUAGUGUCAGAGUGUUUUAGAGCAUUUUUACUGCCAUCUGUUUUGUUGGCAUGUGGAAGAUGGCUUGGGAAACAUUGUGAAGAGGACAUCACAUCAUUACUGCAUUGACAGGACUUGGUUCAUCUGUGUGUUGCUGAUCUGGUGAUGUGUUGUCAUUCAUUUAUUUUCAGAUGGUGUCAUACGUUUUAUUUUUUAUUAUUUAUCAUUGUUUGGUUAAGAUAUAUAAAUGAUGCUUUACUUUAUGUUUGGCAUCUUGGUUUAAUUAAAGUCUUUUAUCUUUCAGUUUAAGCUUGAAAGUGAUGCUAAGAAGGAAAGAAAGGGAAGAAAACAUAAUUUCCUCACUUUGCUGUGUAUUUGUUAAUCCAGAUAAUGUUUUUUUUUCUUUUAUUGAAUCACUGUUUCAUAUCUGUCAUUCAGGACUUGGCAGUGACGUGUAGAAAGAAAGAAAUGCGAGAGUAAGAGAGAGAGAUCAUUACUUCUGCUAUUCAUUUAUCAUUCAGAAUCUGGUUUACCUGCAUCAUCUAAUCAUCACUUUGAACAGAGAGAAAGGAAGAAAGAAGAGAGAAUCUGUGGUAUCAUGUGUGCCAUCUAUAUUUAUCCAUUCCCUUCAUCAUUCACCCUUCUUCAGCAGCCCAUCCGGAGCCUCAGUGUGGAUGUGGAUGGGUGGUUUGGACGGGUGAGGCUCGGCUGUGUCUGGGAGACUUUGGGCAUUUUUUCCUGUACUUCAUUUUUGUGUGUUUCAUUCUGUUGUCUCUUCAUUGUCUGGCAUUCCAAUGUGAUCUGAUAUGUGCAAUGCUCUUUUUAUUAUUUAAUGUCCUUUUGAGAUUGAGAGAGACAGAGAUAGAGAAGUUGAUAGUACUAUUUAUAUGGGAAUUAUACUAUUAUUUAUAUACUCUACAUAUCAAUUUGUUUUCGUGUUAUUUAUUCUUUGUAAUGGAGAGAGGACAAGGUGCAGUGAUAACCCGAAAUUAUUCAUCCCUGCCAUUAUUUUGUUUAGACCUGUUACAUAUUUACUGUUUUUUUUUUUGUUAGACUACACAGAAUGAUAGAUUUUGGGAUAUUUGGUUUGUUGUGUUAGCAGACGAACGAGAUAGACAGACAGUGUAGUUACAGGUAGACUGUUUGUAUACUUGGCUUACAAAUGCUGUCACUAUUUUUGCAUUGAUUUUGGCAUGACUGGAAAGAAGAAUAUUAGGGUGAACUGUAACAACUGCAUGCAUAUUUAAGUAUUUUUGGGAAUAACAGGUAUUGUCUAAAUUUCUAUGUCACUGGUAAUUUGACUGUAAGCCUCACUAUUCACCCUUCCCAGCAUGACAUUAUUAAAUAUAUUUUUGUAAUGCACAACCUCAGUAUUACACAUAUUUUAGUGUCUUUUUGAACUCUACCAUCUCUGAACAGAAAUUUUGAUCUCUAGCCUUUCCCUUCCUCCUUCACAUCAUGGACAGGUAGAAACAGAGAUAGAUAGACAGAGAGAGAGAGAAAGUCAGUUAGGGCAUUUUUAACCCCAAUUAGGGAAGCAGUGGAGAAAGGGACAGGGGAAGGGGAGGGAAGGGGAUUUUUUGCAACCAUUUCUAAGACGUCGUGAAAUUUGUGAAGUGUCCCAGCAGCUCCAACUAAGUGUUAAUCCUUACUGAAGACUUUUUGGACCCACAGAAGUAUAGGGCAUCUCGGACUGCAUUCUCAAACACCUCUGCCUCUCACCACUACUUCCAAUCAGGUGCAGUGGAAGUCAUCAGGGUUUUCAAGGGUAUUUUGAAAGUGAUAGUCUAAUAAGGGUUUCAGCAUUAUCGGUAAGAAAUAAACAUGAGAACGGGACUGAUCAUCUCUGUAGCCUGUGAAAGUUGUCCUGUUGAGAGCCAGGAGUGUUUGGAAAUACAGACCCUUCAGUCUAUGUCAGCUUUGAAUGUCUUAAAAACUUUCUCAGAUGAAGAAAAUCUGUGUGUGUGUGUGUGUGUGAGUGUUAGUGUGUGUGUGUGUGUGUGUGUGUGUGUGUGAGAAAGAGAGAGAGAGCAUAAUAUCUCCGUACUCUCGUAAACCUGUAAUUAGCUUCCCAGGUGUCACUGUAUGCUUGUGGGGAUCAGAUCAAGGUGACCGUGUAAGCACAAAGAAUUAUUUUGUUUAUGAAUAAAGUUUAGCUAAUAUUGC